AUUAUGGGAUUGACAACAAACUCCUCUUCUUAAUUACCUUUUGUUUUUAAUCGACUAACGUUUCAAACUCGCUGUUUUUCGCAAGAAAAAAUGGAAAAUGUACAUCUGGCAGUAGAGGAGGACGAUAUUUAUUCAGGAUACAACGACUACAACCCGACGUUUGACACUGAGGAGCUGGAUAACGACGCGGGCUUCCAAGAAGCGGUGAGAACCAGUCAUGGAAGGAGACCCCCGAUGACUGCAAAGUUUUCUGGCACUGCCGCAGGGGGGCGCCCCUUAGCUUCAUCUUAUGGGGCUCGAAUGACCUCCUCAAUUGGACGCCCCAUGACUGGAGCUGUACUGGACGGAGCAUCUCGGCCCAUGUCGGCAGUCAGAGCAGCGGGAUACACCUCGUCGCGAGCGCGUGGCUCAGCUUUUGACCCUCUUGGCCAGUCCAGAGGUCCUGCGCCAGCAUUGGAGGAAAAGAAAGAGGAUUUGCCCGAGGAGAAGAUCAAGCUGUUGGAGAAGAAAGUGAACGACUUAAUCACAGAGAGCUGCAUGGCUCAAAGCACGGGCAACUCACAACUGGCCCUUGAGAAGGCAAAAGAAGCUGAGAGGAAGGAGAGAGUGUUAGUGAGACAGAGAGAGCAGUCUGGCAAUGCAGAACAAGUCAACAUAGAUCUCACCUACGCUGUUCUUCUGAACCUGGCUAACCAGUAUGAAAAUAAUGAGAUGUACCCCGAAGCCCUGAGCAGCUACCAACUCAUCGUCAAAAACAAGAUGUUCACAAACGCAGGGCGCCUAAGGGUGAACAUGGCUAACAUCUGGGUGAAACAGAAGAACUACCCCAAGGCCAUCAAGUUGUACCGCAUGGCGCUGGACCACAUCUCGGACGACUACAAGGAGAUGAGGAUCAAGAUCAUGCAGAACAUCGGCACUGUCUUUGUGCUGCUGGGCCAGUACUCUGACGCCGUGGCGUCCUUCGAGCAUAUUAUGAGCAAAAGCCCCAAUGUCAGGACCGGCUACAACCUGGUGCUGUGCUAUUACGCCGUCCGCGACCCCGAUGGAAUGAAGAACGCCUUCCACAGGUUACUCGCCGUACCCCUGGACGUGCAGCACGAAGACAAGUACAUCGCCGCUAACGAUGACAUUAGAUCCAACAUGUUGAUGGAGGCCCUCAAGAACGACAAGCUAUACCAAAUGGAGAGAGACUUGAAAGCUCGUGCCGAGAAGUACGUGAUGACUGCCGCCAAGCUCAUCGCUCCAGUUAUUGAGUCGUCGUUUGCGGCCGGAUUUGACUGGUGUGUGGAUAUGGUGAAGAACUCUCAGUACGUGGAGCUGGCCAACGACUUGGAGAUCAACAAAGCCAUCACCUACCUCAGACAGAAGGACUUCAACCAGGCCGUGGCCAUACUAAAGACGUUUGAGAAAAAGGAAAGCAGAGUCAAGAGCGCAGCCUCUACCAACCUCUCUGCUCUUUUCUUCCUGGAGAAAGACUACGAGCAGGCGGAACGCUACGCAGACCUGGCGAUGAUUGCUGACCGCUACAACCCCGGAGCUCUGGUCAACAAAGGCAAUACCGAGUUUGUCAAGCAGGACUACGCCAAAGCGGCCGAGUUCUUCAAAGAGGCAUUGAGGAAUGACUCGUCCUGCACCGAAGCCCUUAGAAACCUGGGUCUAACGUACAAGAAGCUGAAUCGUUUGGAGGACGCGCUGGACUGCUUCCUGAAGCUCCACGCCAUCCUCAGGGACAGCGCCGAGGUCAUGUAUCAACUGGCCGACAUCUACGAACAACUGGAGGACCCCCACCAGGCUGUGGAGUGGCUGAUGCAAGUCAUCAGCGUGGUCCCUAAUGACCCCAAAGCUUUGGCCAAACUUGGGGAUUUGCAUGACUUGGAGGGGGACAAAUCACAGGCCUUGCAUUACUACCUCGAGUCUUUCAGACUUUUCCCUUGCGACAUGGAGGUGAUCGAGUGGUUAGCGGCCUACUACGUGCAGACGCAGCUCUACGAGAAGGCCAUUCACUACUUCGACAGAGCCAUACUUGUGCAACCAAGCGAGGUGAGGUGGCAGCUCAUGGUGGCUAGCUGUUACAGGAGAAGUGGAAACUACCAGAAAGCUCUAGACACAUACAAAGAAAUCCACCGCAAGUUCCCUGAAAAUGUGGAAUGUCUACGCUUCCUGGUGAGGUUGACUCAGGACAUGGACCUGCAGGAUGUCACGGACUACGCCAGCAAGCUGAAGAAGGUGGAGAAGAUGAAGGAGCUCAGAGAACAGAGAGUCAAGUCGGCACGAGAGGGCAGCUCGCGAGGUCGGCGAGAGGGCAGCGCGGGAAGUGCGGACAGCGGCCAUAGCAGCAGCAACGGCCACAAAGGCGAACGUCUGGGUGUCCAGGUGAUGUCACUCCCCGCUUCUUACGACCCUUACGAAAGGAGCAGCCCCAAAGAACUCGACGCCUCCUAUGUGGACCCACUGGGGCCUCUGACGGAGCGACCCAAGACUGGGGCCAAGGUGCGGGUGGAUGAUGACGACUUCGCCGAUGAAGAGCUCGGCGAUGAGCUGCUGCCUGAGUAGCUUUGUGGCACGCUUGAACUCCUUGAGUUCCUUGCCAUUGACGGCAAUAGACGUUCAAUCCGUUGGGCCGGGUUGGCAGCCUCUCCCAAUCAAAAUGGAUUGCCAUCAGCGGUAGUAAACGAGUUAAAAUUUAAAAGUUAAAUAUUGUAAUGGACCUGCGUCCAAAAUGAAACCGGAAGUAGGCAAUUUUGGUUUGAGGCAGGCAAAAGCCUUUUUGUGAAAAAGUGUCAUCCCGAGUCGCUAGUUUUAAAGUUGGGUGGAUGAAAGAAAAGGAUCCAAGGACACACUCAAAAUUCAAAAGGAUGUCGGCUAUUUUACAUCCUUGCUAGUCCUCCCAGUCAAAUUGGAUUGGAUGUCUGUUGCUGUCAAUGGCAGCUGAUGAGUUAAUACUUACCAAAAAAUUUAAAACCCAAUUUUUUGUUUUCCCAAUUCCGAUUCCCUCUUCUAUAAAUGAAAGCGGAAAGAUUUCAUGUUGUCGCUUGCAUCCUUUUCUGAAAGUGGAACUAACCUGCACCCAACUAAAGACAAUGUAAAUGUACCGUAUUGGCCUGAAUAUAGGACGGCACUGAUUAUAAAACAACCCCCUCUUUUUCAAGACUCAAGUUUGAAAAAAGACUUUUUGAACCAAAUUUUUAUACAGAAAAUAAUUACAGUACAUCUGAAACAAAUGAUUAUAACAAUAUAUUUGACAGAAAAAUCAUGUUAUUUUGCCUCAUUCAAAUCUUAAUAUCUGAACAUUUAAAUAUGUAAACUAAAGUGCAAUCACAUUCGUAAAUGAAUGGCUUCUGGUUUUUAAAAUGUAAAUAAACCAAUCUAUUGUGAUAAAUUAACAAAAUUACAAUAACUGCAUUAACCAUCAAAGUGAGGUCUAACUGUAACUAGUCUUGAAACAAAUCUGAAUAAGGAAAAACACUGCAAUAAAAUAAUGCAAACUGGUUAAACUUGAGAGCAGCUGAGAUCUGUCAUGACAGAACAUGACUCCUCAAGUUCAGCAUUCGCUUUAAUGAUAUCUGGCGCCGUCUAGCGUCAUGAAUGGGUAUAAUGUCUAGACCGCGAAAAUAAGACGACCCCCACCUUUUCGGUCUUAUUUCAAUGCAAAAAAACACGUCUUAUAUUCGGGCCAAUACGUAUUCCUGGCACAAUCCUGAUCAUUUCAAUACUUGUUUUGUGCAACACCACCCUCUGGUGGUCGAAAUGUAGCAAGUGUGGCAGCCAACCCUUGGAACAACCAACCCCAUUCGCACCCGUUUAUAUAUUUACAAGAGCUGUUUUUUGUUUUUUUUAAUCCAGCGGUGGUUCAAAAUAUUUUUAUAUUGUGUAUAUAAUAAAGUAGCAUGAAAGUCCAAUGUUAAAUGAUUU